CUUUCCUCUUCUUCCUCUCGCUUUUAUUUAAGCUUCACUGGAACCAAACAUAACCGGCCGGUUUAAAUUAAAAUCAUACAUCACAAUUUGUCCCGGUUAGAUUCGGUUUAACUCGAUAUAAAUUGUCUUCCUCCCUCACUUCCCUCGCCUUCAGAUACCAAGCGCCGAUUCUGCGUAGAGCUUCAACUCGUCUCCCAUGGCGGAUACUACUACGAUAGUGCCAAUGGCACACGAAAGAAAAGCUGAGAAUCUGAGAGCCUUUAUGGUGAACUUGGCGAAUUCGAGAGGGUUAUUGAUUCCUGAGAGUAGACUCUUCGAACAGAGAUUCUUGGACCUGUGUUUAUCACGUGCUCCUGAUCAUCCCACUUACUCUGCUAUGAUUUUUAUUGCUAUCACGGAGUUGAAUGAAGCAGGUGGCUCUUGCGAAGAAGCGAUAUCAGAGUUUAUAAAGUCUAAGUACGAGAGCUUGCCGUUUGCUCACACGAGUUUGCUCAGUCAUCAUCUGGCUAAGCUUGUGGAGAAGAGAGAGAUACUUUGUGACUACAACAGCUACUGUUACACACUUCCGGGAACUGAUGAUGCUGAGAGAAAGAACGUUGAGGUGGCGUUGAGAGUGAAUGAUCAGUGUGCGGCGGAUGAGGUUAUGAGCCUUCAAAAUGAUAAACGGAUUGUAGAAGAACGGAGCUUGACUGAAUCCAGAGACAGCCCCAAACGUAAAGCAUGUGGUGGCAAUUACAUCAACGUCAUUGGAGUCAGUGGCACUGGAGCCAAUGCAUGUUUGAGUGUGACGACUGUUAAAACUCGUAGUAUAGAGGGAGUUGCUGUAGAAUCAGAAGUGGCUCUUGAAAAAAGUGGGAGUGAAGGAGGUGAACUGCGUGAGUUAGUUGUUCUGGAUGAGCAAAAUGAUGUGCUGAUGGAAGAGUCAUGUAAAGGAGAAGAAAGCCUAAGAGAAACAAACUCAAAACAAGGAGAACCAAAAUUGCACAGAACAUCUAACAUGAUGAAGGAAGCAUGUGUGGAAGUGAAGAGUGUAGCAUAUAAAAGACUUUGGGAAUGUCAAACCGAAGCGUGCAGCAAUAUCAUUGCUCUAGAAAAAAUGCUGAAGCAGUGCAGAGAGAAAGGCCAGCAGAAGAAAGCUGUCUCAGAGAUUGAUGAUGUUUCUCGUUUGCCUCUGUCCAAGGAAAGCUGCGAAGAACUGAGGAACCUUGCCCAAAAGAUAGAAAGCCAGCUCUCCGGGAUCAUCGGUUCCUAUGAUGAAGCCGUGGUUCCAUGCUAUGAAUCUCGAGGAUGUGAAACCAAAAGUAUAAGCAAAGAAGUCUUUCACGAGACUCCCACGAAGACCUCCAAACAUCAUGAACAGAAGGAAAGAGAGCAAUCUCAAAUAAACCCACGGGCCAAGAAGAGGAGAGUCAGAAGACUUCAAGACAUAGGAGUACUGCGGAAAUCGCCUCGGUUACAAAAGCUAAUAUGAAUAUUUCUGAAUCUUAAUAUCUCUUUAUAUAUCAGUAUCUACAUAGGUGCAACAUCGUGAAAAAUUUGAAUAUUUUUCAUAUAAAAUUAUGAUGAAAUAACAAGAAUUUGCCUA